UCUCACUGUUACUCUCUCAGUACUCUCUGCCUCACUCCGCUUGUUCCUCAUCAUCCCAACUCUACACUAGAUCGAUGGAGGCGCCGGAGCACUUCGUUAGCGGUGGGUACUACGGCUACGGCACUAGCGGGUUGAUCCCGCAGAAGCCUACAGAGCAGGCGCAAUUCAUGGUCGACGACCUCCUUAAUUUCUCCAAUGAGGACAUGGCAAUGACGGGUGACGGCUUCAGCGACAACGCCGUCGCCAAUUCUGCCGAGUCCUCGGGUUUCACAGCCGUCGACAGCUGCAACUCCUCUGUCUCCGGCGGUGAGAACUACUUCUCUAGCAGUUUCGGGUCGCGGAACUUUGGCGACACCAGCUUCUCUGCAGACCUCUGCGUUCCGAAUGAUGACGUGGCGGAGCUUGAGUGGCUGUCAAACUUCGUAGAAGACUCUUUCUCCAACGCCCACAACCUCCAGCUUCAUUUCCCGACUCUGAAUCUCGGGUCCGGACCCAACCCGCCGACAUCCGACUCAUCCCAAUCCGACCCGAAUUCCCAGUCCGGAUCCGCCCAUUCCUUCCCGGAGGCCCCCCUGCCCUCCAAAUCCCGCAGCAGGCGCUCACGCGCCGCUCCCUGCGACUGGACCACGCGCCUCCUCUACCUCUCCGAGGCUAAGCCCUCCAAGUCGAAACCAUCGCCGGACCCUGCAGCCCCUGAUGACACGCACCAGGAGCAGGUCGGCCGGAGGUGCCUCCACUGCGCUGCGGAGAAGACUCCGCAGUGGCGGACGGGGCCAAUGGGCCCGAAGACGCUGUGCAACGCGUGCGGGGUCAGGUACAAGUCGGGACGGUUGGUGCCCGAGUACCGGCCCGCCGCGAGCCCCACAUUCGUGUCGACGAAGCACUCCAACUCGCACCGGAAGGUGCUGGAGCUCAGGCGGCAGAAGGAUAUGCAGAGGGUGGCGCAGGCGCAACAGCAGCUCCUUUGCCACCGCUCUAUCAUGGGAGUAUCCAACGGCGGUGAUGAUUGCUUGAACAACCACUGCAGUGGGCCCAGUUAUGGACAUCUGAUUUAGUGGGUCCCCCAUGUUAUUUGGGGAUGAAUUUUGAAGAACGUUUUGUAGCUUUUCAUUUCCUAAUGAAGACGUAUGCAGCUCUUGUUCGAAAUUUUCCUUUUAUUGUAAUCUUCUUUUGGUUAGAAAAAAAAUUGUAGAUUUGUUGUUCAUCCAAAAAGAAAAUGUAGAUCUGUUCCUUCGUCAAGUAUCUUAUUUCCUAAGUUGGCAAAUUCAAGGGGAAAAAAAAUACUUCCAUGUAUGGUUGGAAAUGGCAAAUAAAUAAGGGAAAAAGACAAAAAUCCCUAUUGUGAUUUGGAG